AUGUCGUCGAACGAGUUAAGCGCAAAUGAUGACCAUGUUCAGGAACGAGACGAGUCGUUGCGAGACUUGCGUGUAUUCGCCAAGACGAAGCGCACAGGGCUGAGCCCCAUCGAGAUUCUUGCGGAGGUCUUCUCCGUGGAAGCUGGGUAG